CAAUCGUUUCUGCAGGUAACAUCAAAAGAGACAGCUUCAUUUUUAAUAAAUACUUAUUGCAAAGCCUGCAUCUAUUAGCAAUUAUUGUAAUAAUUACCAGAUUGUGAUGUCGGACCAUCGUAGGGAUGUGUUUGUACUUUUAUUUGUUCAAGUGACCAUCUUUAUCUUGUUUGGAUAUUUCGUUCGAUACGAUGAAAGCCAAAAAGGAGAAAAUACCAUCUACUUCAUGUUCCAGGAUAUACAUGUUAUGGUGUUUCUUGGAUUCGGAUUCUUGAUGGCUUUCUUAAAAAAAUAUGGCUACAGCUCGAUAGGAUUCAAUUUUUUCUUGGCAGCUAUUCUUGUACAAUGGGCCAUUUUAUGUCGUGGGUUCUUUCACCUGAGCAACUUAAAAAUUCCAAUCAGCGUAGAAAGCCUUGUGGAAGCAGAUAUAGCAGUAGCAAGUGUACUUAUAUCAAUGGGUGUUCUUCUUGGACAAACAACUCUCUUACAAUUAAUAAUUAUGGGUAUUAUUGAAAUAGCCGUAUACCAAUGUAAUUUUUACGUAGGGGAUGAAAUUUUGAAGUUAUAUUUAAAGAUUGCAGAUGCAGGAGCCUCAAUUUUUGUUCACACAUUUGGAGCUUAUUUUGGUUUAGCUGCAAGUUUUGCUUUAAGCCGUUUUAAACGAAAGAAUGACAUUGAAUCAGACAAGAGCUUGGAAUCAUCAAAUUAUACAUCAGACCUUUUUGCAAUGAUAGGAACCAUCUUCUUGUGGAUUUAUUGGCCUAGUUUUAAUUCUGCAGAACUAUCAGGUGAUGAUCAACACAGGGCUAUAAUAAACACUUAUCUGUCUUUAGCAGCGUCUUGUGCAACUGCUUUCGCUUUUUCGGCAAUUUUAACGCCCGAUACCAAAUUCGAUAUGGUUCAUGUACAGAAUUCAACAUUAGCUGGGGGUGUCGCUAUUGGUGCCUCCGUUAAUAUGAUGAUUCAGCCGUACGGCGCCAUUUUUUUAGGAAUGCUGGCCGGAGCUUUAUCUGUCAUCGGAUAUAACUAUAUUACCCCAUGGAUCGACAGGAAUCUGCACAUUCAUGACACCUGUGGAGUACACAAUCUUCAUGGAAUGCCUGGAGUUUUGGCAGCUCUAGUGUCAGCAAUUUUAGCAGCUAUAGCUACCGAAAGCCAGUACCACACAGGACUCUACGACAUAUUCCCGGCACGAGCUCCAACAAUUCCAUCAUUCAAUCAAGACGUUUACAGGCAUAUUCAGGGCGACGGCAGGACUGCUAUGCAACAAGCCGGUUAUCAAAUACUUGCUCUUAUCAUGACUGUUGUGGUGGCUAUAGUGACCGGGUUUCUUACAGGUAUUUCAAAUAAAACCCUUUGCUUUCAUUAUUCCUUUCUAUAAAACAAUUUUUAAAACCAACAUGGAAUGAAAAGUUGCUUUUUCCUAUAAAACCGACAACCCACUUGUCUUCCUCAUUUACAAAUCUUUAUCAACUUAAUAUCAUACUAUACUUACCAAAAAAACACCUUAAUAAAGGCAUGUAAAUAAGAACAGAUCAAUAAAUCUAACAAUUGGUAAUGUUACUUACACAACACACCCCCCAUACAAUUACGUAAAAUGUUUUGAAAAUAGUGAGUCUUUCGUGUUAUUUUUCCCUCUAAAUUUUUAAAUAGAGUAAAAGUGCAGCAUUAUUUGCGACAGUUUGAUGUAUAAAGCGUCACAAGUCUUUUAAUUAGCCUAACACGUAAAUGUAGAGAUAUCAACGAUCAAUAUGUGAAAUGUAACAACUAAGUGCAUGCUAGAAUGAGAUUAGAUCUUUUAGAGUGUCAUUAGUUAAUUUGAGAUAAUUUAAUAGAAAAGCGUUGCAAGCUGCUAUGAAUCUUAGGACUGAAACAAUUUUUAAAAAAACACCUUUCUAAUUAAGGUAAUGUUUUUAAAAUAUAAAAAAAAUAAAAUUCUUAAAGUACACUGUUCAUUACAACAUUACUCGAAGCCCUUCAAAGCUCAUAUAUUACAACCAUCAAUUCGUGUUAUAAAAAAACUAAACACCAAUUAAUAUUCCCCUUAAUUAAUGGUCCUGAAGUCUUAGUAAUGAUUGCCCAAAUAAAGAACAAAGUAUAU